AAAGACACAGAAGAAAUUAACUAAUCACACACAGAUCAAUGCUUAAGGAUUGACUUCAAAAUCAACUGAAUUACCCUUAAAAUCCAAAUCCCUAAGCUUGUGUCACAUGUUCUCCCAUUGAAAGUUAAGUUAGGUUUCUUGACAUUUGCACAGUUUUUGUCUGAGUCUAUAAUGACAAUGUCCUUGUCACCACUUGGCUUGGCUCCAUACAUUCUUCAAGAUGAAUGACCUCAGAGACUUAUGUAGCUAAAGUGUGGAAUAUAUUAAGCAAAAGGACAAAAAUGGAGAAAAUAUGAAACACUUUCUUGUUUCUGCUGACACAGUUUACGAAGCGGAAAUAAGACUUUGGUGUUAAAUUUUUUAACUCCCAACUAAUUCCUUUAAUUUAAUGCCAAAUCCAAAAAGGCAUCAAUCAAGUUCACACACUCCUUUGCUCUUCAUAGUUUAUAUAGCAGCUUAAGGAACAUCAAAGCUCAAUAGACUUAAAGAGAGAGAAGCAUUGAUCUUUGAAUAUUGUGAACAUGUUGAAAUCAAGAAACAAGAGCAAAAGCAAACAAGAGAAGAAGUCACAAGAAGGGAAGUACCUUGGAGUAAGGAGGCGUCCAUGGGGAAGAUAUGCAGCUGAAAUCAGAAACCCUUUUACGAAAGAACGACAUUGGCUUGGAACGUUUGAUACAGCCGAAGAAGCUGCUUUUGCCUACGAUGUUGCUGCUCGAUCCAUCAGCGGCUCUCUAGCUACAACCAACUUCUUCUACACUGAAAACACCUCUUUAAAAACACAACCACAACAGUUGUUACAGUCUUUAGGGCCUGAUAUGACUUGGGGAUCUUCUAGUGUCUCUCUUCUUCAUGAUCAGCCUUUUGAAAACAACCAUUUUGUUUCUGAUCCUAUCUCUUCUUUUUCUCAAGAACAAGAGUCUUCUGCCAAUCUCACUAACUCUUUCUCACAUUGUUAUGACGAUGAUCAUGUUGGUCAAAACAAAGAGAUUUCUUUGCCUUCUUUGCCUAAUGAUAUGUCAAACAGUCUAUUCUGUAAUCAGGACAAAGCCGGUGAAGAUGACAAUGCAGACCAUAUGAAGAUUGGCUCAGUUCUCGGCGAUGAACCUCACUGCUUCGAGUAUGACUACAUUGGGAAUUAUCUUCAGAGUUUUCUCAAAGAUGUCAACGGUGAUGCUCCUCAGUUUCUUAUGUGAGAUUUUAUAAGCACUUUCAAUACCAAUCCUUCACUUUAUGUAAUAUAAAAAGUAUUGUAUCUUUCUGUAGUGUCAAAUGCAUCCAUUAAGCAGAGGAUGUAACAUGUUUGAAUCAAGUUCAUUACUAUAAUUUAUAGAGCACAAA